UCUAUGUUUCAACUAAAUUUCAAAUAUUUAAAACAAUUUUCUUGGGAUUUAUAGGCCUACAAAGUUAGAAAUUUUAUAAAAAGACACGUAUUCUACGUGCAUUAUCUCUGUUGGGGGACCUAAUUUCAAAAUUUUUUUUUUUUAAUUUUUUAGUUAUAUAUCUGCUUAACACACCAUAAAAAUUUGAAGUUUGAGAAAAAAGUUUAUCAUGUAAAAUUUAGCAUUAGAAAAUCAGUAAAAAUCCGUUCAAAAUCAUGUAUUUAAUGAUAGUUUUUUGUUGUUUUCAAACCAUAUUUUUGUAAUUUUUUUAUAUAUUACUGUAUAUGUAAUAUAUUACAAUACAAUGUAACUAUUAUAUAUUAUAAUUAUUACAUAUAUACUUUUCUGUGAGAAUUGUGUAUAGGUUUUAUAGGUUGUAUUGUGGAUAUUUUUAAUUUUAAAUCUAAUGCUUUGGCGUUGUUUGUCUUUAUAGAUAUCUUAUUCUGAUAUAUCAUUGUUAUCGAUUCAAUCUGUUAUUAUCAUAACGAGUCUAUUUAUACAUAGUUUAAGAAGUACACAGUAUAGACUAUACUAUCUCUGUGCAUAUUAUUCGUCAAUGUUUCUAGACGUUUCUUGAGAUUUUUUUUGCUCCUGUUACAUAUAUAAUACAUUUAUUUUAAACUUAUUUUUUAUACAAAAUUGUUUUUUACACUUCAUCAAAUAUGAGAUGUUCCGUCGGAAAUUUUUCUAAUGAAGAUUGUCAUAAAUCAGUGUAUGGAUCUUUUUCUAAAAAUUUAAUUAAUCUUGCUGAUCAUAAUAAUGAAGAAGAAAAAUUAUUAUUAAAUUUACGGACCAAAAUAAAUAUAACUACGAUUUGUGAGUACCACAAAAUAAAAUAUUUAAAUAAAUUUAAUCAUUUAUAUGGACAAACGGUAAAAAAGUUUAUUACCGCAAUCUUGGUCUAGAGAAAAAGUAUCUAUAGAAUUUAAUACAUCUGAGUAUUUAGUUCGUUUAUCAAGAGAUUUGCUCAACAAGUAUGGUCGUGUAUUAAAUUGUGAAAUAAUUAAACUUAUUCAAAAUUUUUAUGAAGAUGAUGAGUAUAGUCGUGUAUGUCCUGGGAAGAAAGAUUUUGUAUCCAUUAAAAUAAAUAACACUAAGGAAUUUAAACAAAAACGAUUACUUUUAUGUAAUUUAAAUGAAUUAUUUGUUGAAUUUAAAAGUAAAAAUCCUAACGUUAAAAUUGGGCGGUCAAAAUUUUGCGAGUUGAAACCAAAAUGGUGUGUUUUAGCUGGUGCUUCAGGUACUCAUACUGUGUGUGUAUGUGUUCACCAUCAAAAUGUUAAACUUAUGAUUGACGGAGCUUCAUUAAAAUACGAUUUUGUAUACUUGCUUAAAUCAAUAGUUUGUGAUAUGGAUAAUUAUUUUUGUAUGAUGAGUGAAUGUUCCAAUUGUCCGAAUAACUAUGAAUACUUAAAAGAAACUAUUUCUAAAGAGCUUGAUGACGAAAACAUUGUUUUUAAACAAUGGGUAAGUACUGAUCGGGCAGAAUUAGUAACAAAUAUAGAAUGUACAGAAGAUUUUAUUGAAACUUUAAUUAAUAAAAUUAUUAAACUAAAAAAGCACCAUUAUAUUUUUAAGAUCCAAUCAAAUUUUUUAAAACUAAAAAAAGAAACAUUAGAAUUCAAUGAGUGUAUUAUUCUGGCAGAUUUUUCAGAAAAUUAUAAUUUUGCUGUACAGGAUGAAAUUCAAAGCUUCCACUGGGUUAAUAAACAAGCCACUCUUCAUCCCUUUGUUUAUUAUUAUAAAAUAGAAAAUAUAAUUAAGUGUCGAUGUAUAUGCAUAAUUAGUGAUCACAUGGAACAUAAUACCGUUGCUGUACAUACAUUUCAAAAUCACCUUAUACAAGACAUUAGAUUAACAGUCCCAUUUGUAAAAAAAAUUCAUUAUUUUAGUGACGGUGCUUCGAGUCAAUACAAAAAUAAAAAAAACUUUAUUAAUCUGUGUUAUCAUAUUGACGACUUUGGUUUUGAUGCAGAAUGGCAUUUUUUUGCUUCGUGUCAUGGCAAAAACGCCAGUGAUGGAGUUGGUGGAACGACAAAAAGAGAAGUAUCAAAAUCUAGCUUGCAGCGAGUUGGUUCAAACCAAAUAUUAACGCCAAUUGAUAUGUUCCAAUUUUGCGAUGAAAAAAUUAAAGGGAUAAAAUACAUUUAUGUACCCACUAUAGAAGUACAACAGAAUGAAAAAAAUCUUAAUACGCGAUUUAAAUUGUGUAAAACUAUUAUCGGUACUAGAGAAAAACACAGAAUUGUACCAAUUAAUACCAAUACCAUAAGAAGUUUUAAGACAUCAUUAAAUAUUGUAUCUUCAUAAAUAUCAACUGAUAUUUAUGAAGAUACAAUAUUCUAACUACAAAGAAUAAACCAAAAUUAUUUAUUUUUUAUUUUGUAUCCAAAAUAAUGAAUUAAAUAAUUAUAAUAUAUAUAUAAUAGUUAAAUUGUAUUGUAAUAUAUUACAUGAUUUUGAACGGAUUUUUACUGAUUUUCUAAUGCUAAAUUUUACAUGAUAAACUUUUUUCUCAAACUUCAAAUUUUUAUGGUGUGUUUAGCAGAUAUAUAACUAAAAAAUUAAAAAAAAAAAAUUUUGAAAUUAGGUCCCCCAACAGAGAUAAUGCACCUAGAAUACGUGUCUUUUUAUAAAAUUUCUGACUUUGUAGGCCUAUAAAUCCCAAAAAAAUUGUUUUAAAUAUUUGAAAUUUAGUUGAAACAUAGAUUAUACACUAUACAAUACCACAUUUAAAAAUCAAAAAAAAAAAAAAUAACUUCUUAAUGGUUUUAAGUGAGCUCAAAAACGCCAAUUUUCUCAAAAAAAGCACCAUUUUUAGAAUGUCAUUUAAGUUUAAAAUUUCACAUAAAUUUUUUUUUUUUUUCAAUGUUAAAUAUAAGUUAUAAUAAGGUCAAUCCUAAAAUUUUAAGUCGAUUGAGUUAAUAUUGAAUAAUCUGUGUGUUUUUUAACAUUCUGGUUAUUUUUAACAUUUUUUACAUUAAAAUAGCCAUAAAAAUCGGAAGGUCAUAAAAAAAAAAAAAAAAAAAUUGUUUUAAUCUAAUUUUAGCAUAAAUAAUAAACCCUGAAAAUUUAAGAAAAAUAUGAGGUGGUCGUGCAAAAACUUCUGGAUGAUUUGGCAUGGAUUGACCCAUAAGAUAUUGUUACACGUAAUAUUUUAAAUAAUGUAAAUUAAUACUUAUUAGACAUAAAUUUUAUUAAUUCCAAAAGUUAUAUUUUAAAAUAUUGUGUUAGGUUAAGUAAUCUCUAAUCCCUUCUUAGAAUUACAUAUUAUAACGAGUUAACAUUUGUCGUAAUAUAAUCGUCACUAUUAUUUAUACGGGGCAACACUAAAAUACCCUGUUCAUGUACUCAACAAUAAUAUCUUUUUAGUAUUUAUUAACAUAUUCUUUUUCAUUUCAAAUAGUCACCACUUCUAUCCAUAGAAAUGGUUAAUUUUAACUUGUUUCAUUAUACAUUAUAUUCUUACAAGGACAUGACCCUUUUCGAACAAAAAUUUAGAUAAACAUUUAAGAGAAAUAUUCGUCAAACUCACGUAUGCGGUUGGGUCAUAAAUCAAUUAAUAAUUACUUUUAAAAUCUUUCCUUACCAAAAGAAAAUCUAUGUAUAAUUUUUUCAUCUUUGUUAUUUUACUAUUAAUAGUUAAAUGCAUUGUAUUAAUUUUCGUCUUACUUGUAAAAAAACAUGUUAAUGUUACACAUGUAAAUGUCAAAAUAAUUUAUAUUAUAUUCAUCUGUAUUGAUCUCUGUGUUUUAUGCUUAUUUAUCAAUAAACAAUUAUACUAAAAA